AUGGACGUGAAGGAGAUCAAGCUGACGGUGUCGAACUUGGAGAAACUGAGUGACGACACCACGAUCUUGAAGCUUUUAAAUAUCUUGAACGACGGAAUCGAGCCCACAGAGAAGCUCUUGAGAGAAACAAAGGUCGGUGUGGCCGUCAACAAGUACAGAUCCAACAGCAACAGCGAAAUCAGCACGUUGGUGAAACGCAUGAUCAAGAAAUGGAAGGAGGUUGUACAGAACGAGAAAAACGCCAAGAAGGCCCAGGCCAGUGCCGCUCCAGCGCCAGCUAAACCAGCUCCCGGUUCCACAGGAGGUAAGUUCCAUAAUGGGCCUAGAAACCCCAAAACCGACGGCGUGGAUACCACUAUUUACGACGACAGCACGCGGAACGCUUCAGUAAGUGCGUUGUACACGGCCUUGGCGAUAGAACGGGACGACGACUCUAAGGCGAUAGUCAAUGUCGCCGUGAAGAUAGAAAGCGAAGUGUACGCUGAGGAGUACAGCAAAGUGAACGACGGAUACAGAAACAAGUUAAGGACACUCACGAUGAACUUGCGGAACAAGAAAAACCCGGACUUGAGAGCCAACUUGUUGACGGGCUCGUUGAAGCCGGAGAAGUUCAUCAAGAUGUCACCCAAUGAAAUGGCUCCCGAGGCCUUGAGACAGGAAAUGGAGAAGUUGCACAAGCAGAAUCUUUUCGACGCCCAAGGUGCCACAGAGAAGAGAGCCGUCACGGACAGAUUCACUUGUGGAAAGUGCAAGCAUAAGAGAGUCAGCUACUACCAGAUGCAGACGAGGUCGGCCGAUGAGCCAUUGACUACAUUUUGCACCUGUGAGAACUGUGGUAACCGCUGGAAGUUCUCGUAG